UUACUCCGUCCGUCUCUUUCGCAGCUCCGCUUCUCGCUUCACGACUCGCGCUUCCCUUUUAGCGCCGACCUCCUUAUUCGGCGAGGGAUUAACCUUCCGUGCGACGCCGUGCCGGCCUCCGCGCGGGCUGGCGAACCUCACUGAGCCAUUUGUCUUGCUGCUAUCGCUGGGAAGAUGCAUGCACUUGGGCCUCCUUCCUUGACGCUUCUCCAUCGUUCAUGGCGUCACCGUAUCGCGUGGAUUAAUGCCAAGGCCUUCGCUUCGAGGGCCUCUCCGAACCAGUCCCGCGGUGGCCUUCCCCGUUUCUACUCUGAUGUCCUGCCCCCGUCCAAGGGGAACAUUGUUAGAGUGCAAGGUGAUGAAUUUUGGCAUAUAACAAGGGUGUUACGCUUGAAUGUGCAUGACAGGUUGGAACUCUUCAAUGGGACAGGGGAAGUUACCAAAGGUUGUAUAGUCAAGAUUGACAAAACUGGUCUGGAUGUCAUGGCUUUGGGUGACCCAGAAGUCUACGUCCCAAAGGGUACUCAGUGGAAUGUUUAUUCAGCAUUUGGUAGUCUAAAGGGUGGUCGGGCAGAUUGGCUUAUUGAAAAAUGUACCGAGCUUGGAGCAAGCAGUGUGACACCAUUAUUAACAGCAAGAUCUCCAUCAAUUACUGAGAAUAGAGCCGACAGAUGGGAGCGUGUAACAUUAGCUGCAACAAAACAAUGUCAAAGGUUGCAAAAGAUGGUACUAAAUCAUCCAACAACGAUCCAUGACCUUUUGCCUGUUGUUUCUCAGUCUAACUUAUCAAUUUUAGCAGAAGCCGAAGCAGUUCCUUUAAUGGAAGCACUGUCGGCCAUGACAAUUGAACAACGUGGGAUUCUCAUAAUUGGACCUGAAGGAGAUUUUACACAGGAUGAACUAAAGUUAUUGACUGAAGCAGGUGUUACACCAGUUGGCCUUGGACCGCUUAGAUUGCGAGUCGAGACUGCAACAAUAUCACUACUCUCUGCCGUUACGUUUUGGGCUGAUUCACAAGCCAAGAAGCUGUAAGACGUUGGCAAAUCCCUAUCUGACAUUAUUGAUUUCACACCUGGUUGGUAGAGCAUGUCAAUAUACAAGCGCACCCCUACUUGCAUGUACAACGUCCAUGUUUUACCCGAGACUCCUGUACUGCAAGAAAUCUUUGUUAAACAUAAUUUAUUAUGAGAUACUGUCACACUGAUGACAUCACAA